GAAUUAUGGGGAGUGAGAGCUGAGGGGCCUCAAUUCCAGAAAGGGAGGGAGGGAGACACAGGAAUUCAACUGUUCCUACAUACCGUUUAGCAGCUGCAGUUCAUAUCGUAUCUGUGUCUAUAAAGCUCUCCUAUCUCUGACACUCUGGACAGAGAGGGCUGCACUGAUUCUGAUUGAAAGAAGGCCUCAAACUUCCUUUUAGGGAGAAUUUUGUACCUUUAAGAGGCAUCAUGUUGGAGGGUCCAACGUUUCUUAUCUCAAGAGAAUUGCCAAGUGCUUGUGAGCAAGAAAGCAAAUGGGCUUAUAGCGCCUUUUGUGUCGCCGAGCUUUCGAAGGGAAAGCACUGCCUUGACGACACAGACGACGAAGAAGAAGAAGAAGCAACAGGGUUGAGAAAAUCAUGGAAACCAUCUGAGAUGCACAAGGGUAAUUCAGUUUCCGAAUCUGACCAAUCAGAUAACCAGAAACAGCAGGAGGAUGAAUCAUGGAUCAACCAAAUUGGUCCAGACCUCUCCAUAAACUGCCUUUUACACAGCUCGCGGUCUGAUUAUGGCUCAAUCGCCUCACUAAACCGCUGGUUCCGAUCUCUAGUUCGUGGUGGGGAGCUUUAUCGGCUAAGGAGACUAAUGGGUAUCAUAGAACAUUGGGUUUACUUUUCAUGUAACCUUUUCGAAUGGGAGGCAUUUGAUCCAAUCCGCCGUCGUUGGAUGCGCUUGCCAACCAUAGACUGUAACGAAUGCUUCAUGUGCUCAGAUAAGGAAUCUAUAGCCGUAGGCACUGAGCUUCUCGUCUUCGGAAAAGAAAUAGAUACACACGUAGUGUACAAAUAUAGCAUCUUGACUAACUCAUGGUCACCCGGCAUGAGAACCAAUACUCCUAGAUGCCUCUUUGGCUCUGCAAGUCUUGGCGAGAUUGCUAUUGUAGCUGGAGGGUGUGGACCAUCUGGCAACAUCUUGAGCUCGGCUGAGCUUUAUAAUUCAGAAACCGGGACCUGGGUGAUUCUCCCCAACAUGAAUAAACCAAGAAAAAUGUGCUCAGGGGUAUUUAUGGAAUCAAGAUUUUACGUUAUCGGCGGAAUAGGCGAAGAAAAUAACAAUGAGCUUGCAUGUGGUGAAGUUUAUGAUUUGGAAACAGGUAUUUGGAGCGAGAUUGACAAUAUGUUUCCUGUAUUAACCGGUCAAGAUGCACCUGCAACAGCCAAGGCACCGCCUUUACUUGCAGUUGUGAAGAACGAACUGUAUGCAGCUCAUCAUGAAGAACAGGAAGUGAGAAAAUACGAUAAGGGGCGGAAUGUUUGGAUUCGGGUGGGCGGGUUGCCGGAAAGAGCAAGCUCAAUGAAUGGUUGGGGGCUUGCGUUUAGGGCAUGUGGUGAUCAGUUGAUCGUUAUUGGUGGCCCCAGGGUUUCUUAUGGAGGGAUGAUUGAGCUGAAUUCUUGGGUACCGGAGGACAACCCGCCUCAAUGGAACUUGCUGGCUCGAAAGUCGUCAGGUGGCUUUGUUUAUAAUUGUGCUGUCAUGGGAUGUUAACAUAAAUCUUUGACAUACUUGUGUGUUUUUCCGGUUGUUGAAAUGAAAUUAUAUAGUGUUUAUG